AUGACUGUCGUUCCUACAGCAAACGGCAUCUCCGCCACCAGAUUAAAGCCGUCGCAUCCGAACCCGUCACUCCAGGUCACUGCCGACCACAAGCUCAAGCUCGUCGAUGCGCCCAUCCACGAGCCCGGCCCAGGCGAGGUUCUGCUACACAUCAAGACCACCGGCAUCUGCGGCUCGGAUAUACAUUUCUGGAAGCAUGGCAGGAUCGGAUCGCUAGUGGUCGAGGGUGACUGCAUUCUCGGCCACGAGGCGGCCGGCAUCGUCCUCAAGCUCGGUGAGGGCGUCGACAAUGUCCAAGUUGGCGACAGAGUGGCCAUCGAGCCCGGCAUGCCCUGCGAAAAGUGCUGGCUCUGCCGGGAAGGCCGGUACAACCUGUGCGAAGACGUCGCCUUCUCCGGUGUCUAUCCUUACCACGGCACGCUCCAGCGCUACAAGACACACAAGGCCAAGUGGCUCUACAAGCUUCCCGACACCGUCUCCUGGGCGGAGGCAGCCCUCCUCGAACCUCUCAGUGUCGUCCUUCACGGUGUCAAGACGUGUGGCUUGAGCCUCGGCCGUCCCGCGCUUGUCUGUGGUGCCGGCCCGAUCGGCCUCAUUGCGCUCGCUGCUGCCCGUGCGUCCGGCGCACACCCGAUCGUGGUGACAGACCUCGAGCCCAAACGCCUUGCUUUUGCCAAGGAGUUUGUGCCCAUGUGCAUACCUUACCAAGUCAAUCGGAAUCUGGACGCGGAAGGCAACGCCAAGGAGAUCAGGAAGCUGUUCGAUGCCGAGAGCUUCGAGUACAACGCCCCUCCGAGCGUUCUCGAGUGUACGGGAGUGGAGAGCUCCGUGGUCACAGCGGCCUACGCUGUUCGUCGAGGAGGCGUUGUGUGCGUCAUUGGUGUGGGCAAGUCGAUCAUGAACAACCUCCCGUUCAUGCACAUUUCCCUCGCAGAGAUCGACCUCCGCUUCAUCAAUCGAUACCGCGACACAUGGCCAGCUGGAAUCCAGUGCCUCGGCGGCAAGAUCCUCGACCUGCAGAAGCUGGUCACGCACACGUUGCCGCUCGAGAAGGCUCUCGACGCCAUGGAGAUAUGCUCCGACACAGCCAAUGGCAGCAUCAAGAUCCAGAUUGUGGACGAAGUGGACGCCACGGUAUGA